AUGCAAAACACCAUCUCCCUUGUCCAGCAGUUGAACUUUGUGUCCAAUAAGGGCCUCGAUCUGUUGGACAAGCCUCUUCCGAAAGUCUUGCAUUCUGUCUAUCAAUUUCUUGCCUCUUGUGUUUGGCAGGCCAGUGUGACAAGAGCUUGGCAGGGCAUGGGCUUUGCCAUGGAAGAAGCUAUUGAGUAUCCUUCGCGCAAGGAGCUCAGAAGACUUGCCUAUCUUUCCUGA